AGCUGCUGCAGAACAACUAAAGCAGAGACACAGAAGACAUGUCUUAAAGCCAGUUUGUCUGCGCUGAAUUAAAAUGCCAGCAUGUCUCUGUAGGAUGAGCGCACGAGACACAGAGCCGGAUAUGAAGCAAAAGAGGAUGAUGAAGACGAUGAUGAUGAUGAGCAGCAACCGCAGCAGCAGCAGCAACGACCAGGUGGUUUAGUCUAUUUAUGAAUUCUAUUCAUUCAUGAGUGCAUCUCCACUGAUGUGAAAGACAGUGAUCGCACGUGCUGCUGCAAACACCUUUUGUCCUAUAACUGUGAUGAGGACGGCGCGCACGAGCCCCGGACAGUAGCGGAGACAGAGGACGGAGCGGAUUCACGGUGCGCGUGAAUUUAAAAAGAAAAAAAAAAAAAAGACCUUCGUCUGCAGCUCACGCUUCCCUCCCUUCAUGUGCUCAAACGGGGGUGAGCGGAGGAGAGAGCGAUUCGAGCCCGCAGCCGAUGCCCGGAGGAGAGAGGAGUCCGUGUGCAGGCAGCUGUGGACGACAGGAGGGUGGAGGUGGUUCUCUUCUGCUGCUGCUGCUGCUGCCGCUGCUGCAAGUGUCGCUGUUUAUUACCAGGGAUCUGACUCUCCACCGCUGCUGCUGAGGCAUGGGCUGCGCUCCCAGUAUCCACGUCUCUCAGAGCGGGGUGAUCUACUGCCGGGACUCCGACGAAUCCAACUCCCCACACCAGACCACCACCAUCUCGCAGGGCACCGCGGCCACGCUGCACGGGCUCUUCAUCAAGACCGAUGCGGCCGAGACCAUCCCCUCCGUCAUCACCUACCAGAGCCGACACUCGCGCAACAACUCGCACCGCGAGCGCAAGGAGAACAGCGGCGGACACAUCCGCAUCGAGGCCGAGACGCAGACCAGCCACACCAGCGUCAAGGUUUCAGCGACAGAAGAAUGUGUGGGACCGAUGAGACUGACCCAAGAGCCCAUUCAGGUGCUGCUGGUGUUUGCAAAGGAGGACAGCCAAAGCGAUGCGUUCUGGUGGGCCUGUGACCGCGCCGGGUUCAGGUGCAACAUCGCACGGACGCCCGAGUCUGCCGUCGAAUGUUUCCUGGACAAGCACCACGAGAUUAUAGUCAUCGAUGGGCGACACUCGCGCUACUUUGAGCCAGAAGCAGUCUGCAGGUUGAUCCGUGCCACAAAGCCCUCAGAAAACACAGCUAUUCUAGCUGUCGUGCCACAGAUACCGCCUGACCAGGACGAGCCAUCUGUUCUUCCUCUCCUCUGUGCUGGAUUUAGCAGAAGGUUUGUGGAGAACAGCAGUGUGUCAGCCUGCUACAAUGAGCUCAUACAGAUGGAGCAUGGAGAGGUGCGCUGCCAGUUCAAACUCAGGGCUUGUAACUCGGUCUUCACUGCUUUGGAGCACUGUCAAGAGGCUGUGGAAAUCACCAGUGAGGACCACAUAAUACAGUAUGUGAACCCGGCAUUUGAGCGGAUGAUGGGCUACCAUAAGGGGGAGCUGAUCGGGAAAGAACUGACAGAACUCCCAAAGAGCGACAAGAACAGAGCUGACCUGCUGGACACCAUCAACACCUGCAUCAAAAAAGGAAAGGAAUGGCAGGGAAUUUACUACGCCCGCAAAAAAUCGGGCGACAGUAUACAACAGCAUGUGAAGAUCACACCUGUAAUCGGCCAAGGAGGAAAAAUUCGACAUUUCGUAGCAAUCAAGAGACCUCACACUGACAACAACAAUCAGGUUCACAAAUACAACAGAGAAGAGAGAUGCAGUGGGGAACAUUCUCACUCAGAGUGCCACUCUCUACGUCACCGAGACAGGAGGAAAGACUCGAUGGAUGCCCGGUCGAUCAGCUCACGCGGCAGUGACGCUCCCAGUCUACAGAAUCGAAGAUAUUCCUCCGUCGCCAGGAUUCACUCUAUGACCAUUGAGGCUCCCAUCACCAAGGUAAUUAACAUCAUCAAUGCAGCUCAGGAGAGCAGUCCAGUAACAGUGGCCGAGGCUCUGGAUCGCGUGUUGGAGAUCCUGAGAACCACUGAGCUCUACUCCCCACAGCUGGCCUCAAAAGAAGACGACCCCCACACCAACGACCUGGUUGGGGGACUCAUGAGUGAUGGGCUUCGAAGACUCUCUGGAAAUGAAUAUGUUUUCUGCAAAAAUAUGAGUCAGAGCCAGCUGGCCAUUCCGGUCACUCUGAAUGACGUUCCUCCAUCCAUCGCAGAGAUGCUGAAUGAUGAGGAAUGCUGGGAGUUCAACAUCCUCGAGCUGGAGGCAGCUACGCACAAGAGACCGCUGACUUACCUCGGGCUGAAGAUCUUCACAAGCUUUGGAGUGUGCGAGUUCCUCAACUGCUCCGAAGCCACGCUGCGCUCCUGGCUGCAGGUCAUGGAGGCCAGCUACCACUCGUCCAAUGCGUACCACAACUCCACUCACGCCGCAGACGUGCUGCACGCUACUGCCUACUUCCUACGCAAAGAGAGAGUCAAGAGUAGUCUGGACCAGCUGGAUGAGGUGGCGGCGUUGAUAGCAGCCACAGUGCACGAUGUGGAUCACCCAGGCAGGACCAACUCCUUCCUCUGUAACGCUGGCAGCGAACUGGCAAUCCUUUACAACGACACUGCUGUGCUGGAGAGCCACCACGCAGCCCUCGCCUUCCAGCUCACUGUCCGCGACAGCAAGAGCAACAUCUUUAAGAACAUAGACAGGAAUCAGUUCCGAACACUGCGGCAGGCCAUCAUCGACAUGGUCCUGGCCACAGAGAUGACGAGGCACUUUGAGCACGUCAGCAAAUUUGUGAACAGCAUCAAUAAACCAAUGGCUGCCAUAGAAGAGACCAGCACAAGUAGUAUCAACAGUGAUUGUGAUGGACAGGCGAACAUCAAGAACGCUCCAGAAAAUCGUUUGCUGAUAAAGAGGAUGUUGAUCAAAUGUGCAGAUGUGGCCAACCCGUGCAGACCACUUGAGCUCUGCAUCGAAUGGGCUGGACGGAUCUCAGAGGAGUACUUUGCACAGACAGAUGAGGAGAAGAGACAAGGGCUGCCAGUGGUGAUGCCAGUGUUCGACAGGAACACCUGCAGUGUGCCCAAAUCUCAGAUCUCCUUCAUGGACUACUUUAUCACUGAUAUGUUUGAUGCCUGGGAUGCCUUUGCCAGCCUGCCCGGUCUCAUGGAGCACCUGUCAGACAACUACAAGUACUGGAAGAACUUGGACGAGAUGAAGUGCAAGAGUCUGCGCCCUCCUUCCCCUUCUUGACCAGUUCCUGGUUUGCCUCCUCUCACCCAUCACUCAGAACAGGGCAGGACAGUGAGUGCAGCCCUGCAUUUGGAACGGUUUGUCUCAACUGGGCCACGAUGAACACUGGGACACCCUUUUUCCCUCUCAAAUCACAGCCUCUGUUCUUGCGUGGUUCCAGUUGGACGUGCUGUUCUGCCAGUAGAGAAUAGAUUGUCAUUCGAGGCCCCCGGUCGACGGUGUGUUGCCACUUUGCCACCCUGUUCAUUUCUCCUAACAGCACCUCGAUGAAACUGUGCGGGCCUCGCGGCUCACCUGACAAUCCGUACCACACAGUGUAACAAACCACAAACCUGCACUUUAGCUGAUCCUGACAGUUUCAUUUUAAUCUUCCUCUUGCUUGAUCACAGAUUAACCCCACCCCCCACCCCAAAGGUGUUACUUUUCCUUUGAACAAAACCCUUUAGUUCUUCAUCCGUCUGUUGCUGUAAAUGAAACAUGGUGAAUACAACGGUGACCAAAGCUAAAAAGAUACUGAUGAAAGACCUCUCCUCAUACCUGCCAGUGAAUGUGUGUUAACUCAGAAGUUCAUUUUCAAAGUGCCAACUUGUGAAGGUGCUUAGUUUGAAUGACUCACUUGUAUGAGGUGCGACCAGCAGCACAAAACAAACUCUGACACGUGUCUAGGACCAAAUUCUUACCAAUCAGAAGUCCCUGCUGUGUUUAACCUCCAUCCUCCAGCCUAAAGUUAGCCCAGGUACUAGGGAGAAGAAGUGAACCAGUGAACAGAACUUCAUACACAGAGGAGGAUGUUUAGGAUUAGGGUCAUGAAGUUACCGAAACAGGCAGUGAAGUAUCUCACACUAAGAAAUCUUCCGUUUCUUCUGCAUCGUGGUCUUCUUGUGCACUAGUGAAAUAAGCCAGUUGAGAUGUUUGUAUAUGAGAACAAACGGAGGAACAGAAUUGCACUGUAUCUGAGCUUGUUUGAGUUGGAGGUAUCGGUUACAAGCAUAGCUCUGUGUCAAUAACUGUAGACGCAAACGAGUCAAAACAAAUGUGACUUGUGAGUAUCUGAACAAUAAGCCUUCCACUGAUGCUAUACUAACUGUUAGUACAGUGUACAAAUCUUUCAUCUUUGGAAAUGGACCUCGCAGGAGCAGCAGAUCCAUGUUUGGACCAGCUCGAAACUCUCUAACCAGCUCUGUCUCUCACAUGGUUUCUGUUAAACUGAUUUUUUUUUUCUCGUUUUUUUCACCUUGCAGCAAUUGGCUCUUUUUCUUUAGAGUGGGGAAAAAAUGUUGUUGCACAUGAUUUUCAAAUUAUCUGGAUUUUAAGUGUCAAACAAGAGGCUGUCAGAUCACAGGAUCCAUGUUCUGUGGCUGCCCCCUAGUGGUCAAACUGGGGUUUUGCAGUUGAGCGCCGACCAAAAAAAAUCAAAUAAAUAAUGGUAUGAAGGGAGAGUGAUAAUUGGGAUCAGAUCCACAGGAAAUUGGUUAAUGCUCCACAGGGAACAGCAGAGGAAACGACAAUAAUUUAUUAUAAUUCUGAACAAAUAUACAACCUCUCAGAUUUAAUAUAUGAGAGCUGUACUCGUUAACAGUAUUAUAAUGUGUUGACUCAUUCAUUUACGUAUUUUUCAGAGCACUUUUUGUUUUGAACGUUGACCACAUGAAAAGCACUACCACCAAAUGUAAAUGAGAUUUGUAGACGCGCAAAAAUGAUCCAAUGAUCCUUUGGGGAAAACGGCAUAAUUUCAUUUCUGUCCAUUACAAGUUGUUGUAACCAUGGAUUUCAAUGACUGUCAUGAGUGACGUAUAUAAUGUGUGUGUUUGUGAAGGAAAUGCACAUGAGAGAUUUAACCAAAGGCACAGAAAGCUUGCAACAGGUGCCUUAUUCUUAGGUCAAACUUCCAGAAACAAGUUUUGUUGUUUGUUUGUUUGUUUGUUUGUUUUUUGGUUGAAAUAGUUCCUCCUCUGAUAUAGAGAACACAAGAGAAAGCCAUAAAUACAGUAUUUUAGAUAUUUAAAAGACAAAGACCUCGGGUACAUUGCAUUAUGGUCUGUGCUACAGCUUUGAGUUGACUUGGCAUGUCAGUGUUAAUAGUCCUGUCACCACUGCCCUGAUGUUCCUUCAUUUCUCUUUAAGACGUGGAGAGAGAAUCGGGUGCAGUCGGCUCAAAUGUGAAUCUCAUACUUGAUUUGUCUGCUUUGAUUUUCACGUCGUUUUUUUUUUUUAAAGAGACAAAACUGGUCACGUCCACGUUCAGUUUCUUCAUCAGUGUUGUUAUGACGAUCAAGGUCUUAAUCGACGCCUUAAUCUCGUCUCUGUUUCCAUUCUGCUCAUGUUGCAAUACACUGUAAAACUACCUGACGUAAAACUGCUGUUUUUUGUGUGUAAAUACUCAGCCAAUUUAUCAUGUUUGCUUUGCAUUCUACACAAAUCUGUGUGUGUCGCUUUUGUUUUGGCUGUUGAAUGUUGCAGGGGUGGUUUCCAACCUCUCAAAAAACAGGUUGUUGGGUUUUUGUUUUGUUUGUUUUUUUACAGUGACUGGAAAUGUGGCUCCAGAUUUGAAUGUUUCACUGCUAUCACCAGAUCUCAUGAAGAUAUUUUUGCUAGAUUUCUAUUCACAAAGAUUUACAUUGCCUUUUCCUGUGUAGAGCAGCGACUGGUAUGUAAUGUUAUAAAUUAGGUCAGACUCACUUGGAGGCAGAAUCAGACUGUACAACUGCUUGUUACGUAAUCACAAGCCUUCAUCACUUUCACCGGUUUCUCCACUCCCUCUCAUCCUCGACACCAACGAUGGCCGUGGCUGCGACGUCGACGACGUGCCAACUCUGUGUUUUCGUGUACUUCAUCGAUACAGGACAAUAACUAGAAAGUGAAGUAAUAUACAAGUUAUUUUUCAAAGAGGACAUUUCAUUGUCAUCGUCGGGCCAUGAGAACUUAAAUGUGUGUUUUACUGCCUCAUGCAUAUGUAAGUAGUGACAAAAGCUUUCCGUCGGUCACUUAAAAACCUACCAUGUCAAGAUUUAAUGUAUUUUGCUCUGGUUUAUGAUGUCUUAUUUUGAUGUUUCCUGUCAAACACACAUGUAUUGUGAGAGACGAUUAAAGCAUUCUUUAAAUAUGA